CUCCCAUCGUCUGCUUAACCAAUGAUGAAAACGAGUUGGAUCACCUCAUGUGUGUGGCCUAACCAUGUAAACAUCAGCUGUUGAUCGGUCAGUAUAGUGAUGUAGAUAUCAGAAGUUUGAGAAAUCGGCACGAUAUAGACAUCAAGAUGAGAUCUGUUACGUGCACAGCGCCUGUCAACAUAGCUGUCAUCAAGUAUUGGGGUAAACGAGAUGAGACUCUCAUUCUGCCUAUCAACUCUUCCCUCAGUGUCACACUGGGACAAAAUGAGCUGAGAGCCAAGACGACCGUUGCUAUAAGUAAAUCCUUCAAAGAAGACAAGAUAUGGUUAAACGGAAAAGAACAAUCUGUUGAUUCUCCAAGAAUACAGAAUGUUUUGAAAGAAAUUCGCCGUCGAACACGGAAGCGGUCAACUGGAGAUGUCAGAGAGGAAACCUUGAACAUGAAGGUUCACAUCUGUUCCGAGAAUAAUUUCCCCACAGCGGCAGGUUUGGCCUCUUCUGCUGCCGGAUAUGCCUGUCUUGUCUAUUCUCUGGCUAAGCUAUUUGGUGUGAAAGGAGAGAUUUCUGAUGUUGCAAGACAAGGGUCUGGCAGUGCCUGUCGGAGUGUCUAUGGUGGCUUUGUGUUAUGGGACAUGGGCAAGGAAGAGAGUGGGAAGGACUCACUCGCCAAACAAGUUGCUCCUGCUGAUCACUGGCCCCAACUCCGGGUUCUCAUUCUAGUGGUGAGUGACCAGAAGAAACAUACAAGCAGCACGGAGGGGAUGCAGACCAGCGUCAAGACGAGCGAGCUGCUCAAGAAGAGGGUGGACGUUGUGCCACAGAGGGUCAACGACAUGGUGGACGCCAUCAAACAGAAAGACUUCCAGAUGUUUGCAGAAAUUACGAUGAAGGAGAGCAACCAGUUCCAUGCUGUUUGUCUGGACACAUACCCACCCAUCUCCUACAUGACCGACACAUCCAGACAGAUAGUCCGACUGGUCCAUGCCUUCAACAAACAGUGUACACACACAAAGGUUGCAUACACAUUUGAUGCUGGGCCAAAUGCAUGUUUGUAUUUAUUGGAAGAGGAUGUAGCAAGAGUUGUGUCCCUUAUUAAAUACUACUUCCCUAUGAGUGAUAACAAUACUGACCUUGAGGUUAGGGGACUGAGUGUGGAGUCAUCAUCUGUAGAAGAACACAUUAAUAACUUUGAGAUGCCCCGGACUCCAGAUGCAAUCAAGUAUAUCAUACAUACUCAGGUUGGUGAAGGUCCCCAAGUGGUGGAAGACUCCAGUGAAUGUCUACUGGAUAACCAGGGCCUCCCCAUAAAUGUUGUCUCCUGAUGGACCCCAGUCAUUCACUCAUCACUUUAUCCAAGCCAGUAUUGCUUCUGAAUUUCAAUACAUAUCAUCUUUGGAUUUGUUGAGAUUCUUACUUCUGGAAUAAUUCUCACAGUUAGAGUUACGGGUUACUAGUCUCAGUAGUGCCUGAUCUGUUUCCAAACUCUCAUUGUUGAGGUGUUGUUACAAGUACCGACAUAUACACAAGCUGUUCAAGCAUCUCAUGUCUUCCAAGUCAUUGUAAACUGUAUGGUAUGGUUGUUAUCAGAGUAACUGUGUGUGAUUGACAGUUGAAAGUUACAUAUAAAUGAUUGAAAUAAAAUUAUUUGUUAUUA